GUGAGUGUGUGUGACGACUGGCAGGACGCUGGUUGGCAGAAACCAUCCGAGCACCGGGAAGGGAGCCCAUGAGCAUCACAACACUGGAUUACCACCAGCAAACACAGGGCUCUCCACAAGGGGGCAGCGUGACGCCAAGCCCGACUCCCGUCCCAUCGGGUCCUCGUGCCGUGAGCGCCAUCAGGAUCACGCCCCCGUCCACCAUGAAAGGAACCCCUGACCUGAUUCCUGCUGCAGGCCUGGACCCCAGCAGGGUGUGCAAGGGGAAAGGAGUGGUGACCCUGAAGGCCACGCUGGUCCACCUGGACGACGAAGCCGGCGGCAGCGCAGAUCCCAGCGACACCGCAACACCCGGAGACUUUGCCAGUCAAAUGAAUGGAGGAUUGGCUGAGGGGGGGGGCAACAUGGCGGCUGAUUUCCCUCCAGGGAACACCACCCACUGCCUGGUUCAGGCCAAUUCACCAGAAAGCAUCAAAGAAAACCAGGCGCCGACAUCAUGUGACAACCACAAUGGUUUCCCAUCACCCCCCAGCUCCACGAGCACGGUGACCCCCACAGUAGUUCUGCUGCAACGCAACAGAGACCCCACCCCAGGAAGGGACAAAAGCCCCGGUCCCGGGAGAGACUUGGUCAGUCCGCUUUCAGACAUGGACGGGAAAAGGCUGCGACUGUCGCUGCAGUCCCCCGUCCUCGGUCCGCUCAACGGGCCCAUUGUGUCGGGGCGGAACACGGAAAAGUCCAAAGACUGGUACAAGACCAUGUUCAAGCAGAUCCACAAGAUACCCGAGACUAUUGAGGAAAACCCAUACCGCCCCACCUACAUUUUCCCUGACAGCCAUGACAUUCACAUGAAAAGGAAAGAGAAUGGUCCUAACCCCUUUGGCUACCUGGACGAUGUGAAAGGAGUCCCACCAUCUCUCAGCCAUGCAGAGGUUUGCUCAAGAGGCAGGACCCAAGAGUCCGUGCCGGUGCCAACGAGGUCGUCAUCACUCAAAGCCUCCACGAAGAGAAACGAGUGGGAGCCCCCGGAUAAAAAGGUGGACACCAGGAAGUACCGCGCUGAGCCCAAGAGCAUCUUUGAGUACGAGCCGGGGAAAUCGUCGGUCCUGAAGCUGGAGAGAACGACUGUGGCCGUUUGUGCGGACGCUGUAGAUUUAGAGAAUGAGCCAUGGUAUCAAUUCUUUUCAGAGAUGGAGUUUGGCAAAGCGACCGCCCCCUCCUUCAGCCCCCUGGAACCAGCCUCCGACCUGCACAAGUAUUCCUCCAGCAAGUCUGGGCACAGCGAGGUGGAGACGGACGGAGGAUCAUCCGCAAACGAGCCGGCGGCUCCAGAAUGCGACCGUCACGUUUACAAAAGCGUUCUGGAAGGCGGUGACAUUCCCUUGCAAGGUCUGCGGGCCCUCAACAAGCGGCACGGCAGCUCCUCCCCGUCCAAAGGUGGGAAUGGCCGUGUGGGUUCACCCUGCUGGUCUAGAAAUAGUCCUUGUGUUGUUGCCAGUCACGCACUAGCUAACCACUGUAAGAAUAAGAAGCCCCUCUCCGCUGCCAAAGCCUGCAUCCCCCAAAUCCUGCCCUCCAAGUUCAAGCCCAAGCUGCUGCCCCCUGGGGGCGGCGUCCAGGACAGCAGGACGCCCCCCGGGAGGCACCCGAAGGCGCACAGCUGCGAGGAUUUGUACACAAGUACGUUGGAUCACCACAGAGCUGGAGGAGAGGGGGGGGGCCAGGAUCCAGACUGCUGUGCUGAUGACCUCGGGGACCUUCGGGGGGGCGGGGCAGACUUCUCCAGCCUGUACAAGAUCAUGCAUCACAUCCAGCGGCCCGGCUCGGCGGGCGGCAGCCCCCGAGGCGGCGUCCGCAGCCUGGCCUCUCUCUUUGACGGGGCGAAGGCCGAGGGGGGGGGCAGGUCAGAGGCGGACGACGGGGGUCGCAUUCCACGGGACGCCGUGUCGUCACGGGUCACUGAGUUCGAAAUGAUCAUUCAGCGGUCCCGUUUGAUGAGCGCUCGCUCCUCCUCUCUGCCCACGCUGACCUCCAGCCCCGCCCCCCCACAUCACACGCCCGCCGCCGUGUCGGCCGAGAGCCUUUUGGUGGUCGCCGGUUGCCGGGCGGACGCCUGCCCCCCCGUGGAGGCGGCUGGCGGGGAACCGGCGGAUGACGCCUUGAUACCAGACGAUCGGACUGUGGCGCGGUCGCCCCCCCCCUCAGAGGACGGAGACCAGGUUAGGGCCGACCCCGAGGUGGAGCCGAUGUUCAGAAAGAGCCCCCCCGAGCACAUCCUGCCGCCCGUGUCCUUCCCCCUACAUCAGCACCAGCGCAAAUGCAAAGGCUCCUGCCCGGCGUCGUACACCCGCUUCACCACCAUCGUCAGGCACGAGAGGCAAGAGAAGGCAGCGGCGCCGCCGGAGAAGAAGACCAUGCUGCCCGCAAAGCUCCUCCUCAUGGGACCCGCCCCUUUCAGGUUGCGCAAGACCCACCAGUCCCAGCAGCCUCGGAGGACGCUGGCAGCGACUAAGGUGGAAACGGGCAACCGGAGGCCGCCCGGCACGUCCCCCGAGCUCAGACCCGCCAUACCUCGGCGUCUGUCCUCCCUGGAGGUCCUGGAGAGGCUGAGUAGCGGGGACGGGGACCACCGUGAGCAGCUGAGUAACGGACAGGGCUUGGACGCCAACGGGAACCUUCUGCAGCCGCUGGCAGCUCACCACAGAGACUCGUCCCCGGCACACGACAGCCAGGAUGACGUCCUGAGGAGACGCCAUGGCGACAAAGAGAAAAUCUUGGAGGAGCAGCGGCGGCUGAAGCGGGAACAGGAAGAGGCGGACAUCGCGGCGAGGCGCCACACGGGCAUCGUGCCAACACACCACCAGUUCAUCACCAACGAGCGCUUUGGAGACCUGCUCAACGUCACAGAUAACUCGGAGAAACGGAAGUCAGGCGUUGAGAGAACUCCAGCGAUGGCCCGCUUUGACUUCAGAGCUGAAACUCUAAAGGAAUUACCUUUCCAGAAGGGGGACAUCGUGUACAUUAUUAGACAAGUGGAUCAGAACUGGUAUGAAGGAGAACAUCACGGAAGAGUUGGGAUUUUCCCUCGAAGCUACGUUGAGCUCCUGCCUCCCACGGAGAAAGCCCAGCCUCGGAAAAGCGUGCCAGUGCAGGUGCUGGAAUACGGAGAUGCCGUGGCCAGAUUCAACUUCACAGGAGACACGCUGGUGGAGAUGUCUUUCAGAAAGGGAGAGAGGAUCACGCUGAUCCGCAGAGUGGAUGAGAACUGGUACGAAGGCAAAAUCUCAGGCACAAACCGCCAAGGCAUCUUCCCCGUCACGUACGUGGAAGUCCACAAGCGACCACGCGUCAAGAACGGCGUGGAUUACCCCGACCCUCCUGUCUGCUCCUCGCCACAGCGCAGUCGCAAUGCCUCCCCUCAGUUGUUCCGUAAUCGCCUGACCACUUCGCCGCUGCCCCUCCCUCGCUCCCCCUGCCGCUCCGUGUCCCCCGAGGUCCAUGCGGUCUCCUCUGAAUGGAUCUCUCUGACCGUGGGGGGUGGAAGCCCCCCUGCCGCCCCGACACCCCCGUUGCCGCCGCUGCCCACCGUGUCGUACCGCUGCGGCGAGUACUUGCCCCCGCCUUUCUCCGUCAGCCCCGUGCCCCCCAUCUCCGGCAGUCCCUACUGGAUUUCUCCCAUGGCCUCCCCGUCUGCGUCCCCGCUGCCCCCGCCGUACCCGCCCAGACCCAACUCCGCCACUCCUUUCCUCACUUUCACCCCCCCCCAGGGAGGGGACUUUCUGCUGUCCCCGCCCUCACCCCACCUGUCACGUAGCCUGAGCCCCAGCGGCGGGCCGGUGCUGGAAGGCUGGCUUGGGGCUGACAAGGACUUGCCAGAGGGGGACGGGGGCGGUAGCCGUGCCGCCCCUGGGAACAGACAAAAUAGCCCUGCAGAGCUUGUGCGGAACGACCUUGAUCAUCAAGGACGAAACUCCAGAAGCCCCGUGAUGCUCUUUGACAUCCACGAUAACAACAACGUCAACUCAUUUGCCCAACCCCAGUCCCACAGCAGCAGCCCGGAGCCCACCCGCCUCAACUGUGGAACUUUCCAGGCGCUGUACAGUUACGCUCCUCAAAACGAAGACGAGCUGGAGCUCCAGGAAGGAGAUCUGGUCAGCGUCAUGGAGAAGUGCGAUGACGGCUGGUUUGUGGGUACCUCAAAGAGGACAAAACAGUUUGGGACUUUCCCUGGGAACUACGUGAAGGAGGUGAAACUGUAAAGCGAAGGAAUCCUGUCAGGCUUUGGAGGUUAUUCCACGCACGCGUGGAUGCGGGUCGGAGUCGUCAUUUAGCCAAUCCGUUUGUCUGGCAAAGCCAAGAUGAAAUUGCACAUUGAGGACAAAUACUGUACGUUGUGUGUACUUCACCUAAUUACCACAACAGAGAAUCUGUCACACGGUAGCUUUAAUUCUGCAGAUACUAGCUUGCAUUCUGUCCAUGACAUCACAUGUUUUUAUGUACAAGCACAGAAGAUGAUGGAUGAAGGGUCACGUGAUUACCUGGGCUGUGAACAUGGAUCUAACAUCUACGUCAUGUUAGCUUAGGGCCGCUAAGGAGCACGCUAGCCAAGUACAAUGCAAAGAAUACAAGUCUCUAAUGACAUUAUUAUUAUACAAUUAUACACUUCCAGAUAUUAUUAUUAUACAAUUAUACACUUCCAGAUAUUAUUAUUAUACAAUUAUACACUUCCAGAUAUUAUUAUUAUACAAUUAUACACUUCCAGAUAUUAUUAUUAUACAAUUAUACACUUCCAGAUAUUAUUAUUAUACAAUUAUACACGUCCAGAUAUUAUUAUUAUACAAUUAUACACUUCCAGAUUUUAUUAUUAUACAAUUAUACACUUCCAGAUAUUAUUAUUAUACAAUUAUACACUUCCAGAUAUUAUUAUUAUAUAAUUAUACACUUCCAGAUAUUAUUAUUAUACAAUUAUACACUUCCAGAUAUUAUUAUUAUACAAUUAUACACUUCCAGAUAUUAUUAUUAUAUAAUUAUACACUUCCAGAUAUUAUUAUUAUACAAUUAUACACUUCCAGAUACGGUGAAUGCUCUCACAUUUCUGAAGGAGACCCUUAUCAUUCACCAUAAACCUGGAAUCAUUUCUAAAUACGUGAUAAUACAGACCAAAUGUACUAUUGUUAGAAAGCCCAUCCAUACUGGUAAUGUUUGUCAUGAAGCGUUGAUACUUCGCACUUUGUUCGGCAGUCCUUGAACUCACCAUAAUUGUGAGACCAGCUAGCAGAUGUUCCAAGAGUGGUUUUAAAAACUACGCAAAUGGCUAUUGUUGGCUAAUGUGCGAUGCGGCCCCAUUUUGGAGAGUUAGCAGCACCCCCGCGUCGUACCAAAUGAAGGCAGAGAGCACUUUUAAUAUGUUAACCUAAAUCAUCAACAGGCAAGCUGUGUGGGUUUACGUCAAGCCUAGCCUGCUUAGCCUGGCUAGCCUCUAGCGCUAGCCUGAUGACUCUGAUUUCACGUUAGCAUUCAUUAGUGGUGAGUACUUAUACAUUUAUACUCUACAAAUGCCUUUCCUACGUGCCGUACGGCAGGUUCUGGAGCUGAAUGUAGUCUAACAAUGACCACAGUCACUUUUAUUGCAAAUGUGGAUCUGAAAUCGGAAGGGAACAUCCAUGUCAAGCUAGCUAAAUAGAUGUUUUAUCAAUUACAUACCCUUCCCAGAACUUUUAGCGGGGAUCUACUGUAUAUCCUUUAUCUGUCAAAAUGCUUAGAAAUUGUAUGACUUGAUUGUUGUACUUUUCUUUUGCGGUAUUUACAUUUUUGAGGAAAAAAGCCCACACAAAACUCAAAAAGCCUUCAAGGCCGUUUCAGUAUUGGGUGCGAGUCAAUUCCAAGGAUGUCUCACACAACGUUGACCACACACCGUGUGCAUAUUUGGAAACGCUCCUUCAAGUGUGCCUUUGCAAUAAUGGUGGCAAGAGAAGAAUGUAAAUAAUAACGAACUAUUUAUUUAUCAUUUUAUACUUCUUCUUCCAUGUUUUCUGGCACAUGAUGCUUGAAAGUUAGGUGGCGGUUGACGUCACGCUCCAGUGCGGGACAGGCGUGGCAGCACUUAACUUCCUGCUUGGUCAUUUAGGGAGAUUCCACCUCACCCAAAACACAGGAUUAACCAUCCGCCCUUUUGGGGCCGACAAUGUCCAAAGUGACAAAAUAAUCACUUUAAAGCGUCAUGAGAUUCAAAUGAAACCCUUGCUGACGGGAUUGCAUGUUUAACUUUAAGAUAUCUUUUUUUUACACUGUUUUCACGAGUGAUUAAAGUACAGUAAUCCCUCGCCACUUUACGCUUCAAAUUUUGCGGCUUCACUCCAUCACAGUUUUUCCAAAAAUAUAUUCAUUGAUAAGUCAUAGUAUGUUGUGGUUGCAUAGGAAUUAUUAUUCAUGCAAUUUCUCUUUCAGUAAUGUUACUGUAAUGUUUGGUGAGACGCAUACGGUACAUAAGCACCAGAUUUGAUUGCCAGAAAACAGGCUUUUAUUGCAGGUUCUGGGGGGCUUUAAUAACGUUGGAAAUUGUAUUUAGAGGGUCGGAAACAGGUUUUUGAUGCGCUAACCACAAAAAUAUUUCAUUUAGAAAUAAGGAAUCCUAUUGACUAACCAAUUAAUGAACCAAUUAAUCAGGAUAAGCGAGGGAUGACUGUAGGAACGCUAGAGCCCUGGCUCCACAUCCCGACUACGCAUCAGCACCUCCUCCGAAUGAGAGCCAAAAUCCCCCUUUGCCCCCCCC